GUCUAGCAGCAGCUUUAUUCUCCACCUCCUUCACGACCUCAUCGCCAAGGACGACACUGGCGACCUCCGAACUUAUUACACUGGUGCUUUAACGACCUCACGAUGCCUAAAGUACCAUCUCUUUCUCCAACCACGGGUCAGCCGACGCCGCCGUACUACAUCCAUACCACCGAUACCCACUUUGUUGACAACGCUGGCCGUUCUCUCCUUUUGCGGGGCAUCAACCUCUCGGGCUCAAGCAAAGCACCCUACGGGAAGCAAUCACAAGUGCUCGGCGGUCUUUGGGAGUCAGGCGAGGACGGGAGCGAAAGCUUCGUGAAUAGACCGCUAAAUCUUGACGAUGGUUCCGCCGACGUACAUCUCUCUCGGUUGAAGGGCUGGGGCUUUAAUAUGCUGCGAUAUGUUGUUACCUGGGAGUCACUGGAACAUGCAGGACCAGGACAAUAUGAUCAUGAGUUUAUGGAUUAUGUGGUGCGCGUCCUGCGGAAAUGCAAAGAGUAUGACUUUAGGGUCUACCUGGACCCACAUCAAGAUAUUUGGUCCCGUUUCUCUGGCGGGUCAGGAGCGCCGUUCUGGACGUUACCUGCGUGUGGUAUCGACCCAAGAAACUUCACCGCUACCCAGGCAGCCAUCAUACACUGUGAAUACCCGACACCUGCAGAACCCGACCCUGCGAAGUUCCCCGCUAUGACCUGGAGCACCAACUAUGGCCGCUUUGCAGCCCAGACCCUCUUUACCCUGUUCUUCGCCGGUCGGGAUUUUGCUCCGAAAUGCGUCAUCGACGGCGUUAACAUUCAAGACUAUCUCCAGUCGCAUUACAUUGCUGCCAUGGGUGAGCUUGCCGAUCGCGUACGUGACGCAGGCGAUCUUCUCGACGAAUGUGUCAUCGGCUGGGACAGCAUGAACGAGCCCUACGAGGGCUUGUGUGGCUAUCCCGACCUCGAUGUGUACCCUACCGAGCAAACAUCGACCUUGAAAAAAGGGUCAUUCCCGACUCCCGCACAGUCUAUGCGCUUGGGUAUGGGCCAGAAGCAGACGGUGGAUAGUUGGGCUUUUGGCACGUUCGGUCCCAAACGGGAUGGCACAGUCACCAUUGAUCCUCAUGGGUACAAGAUGUGGGCUGAGCCUGAGACCGAACCGGGCGGUGUGCAUCCGAAAUGGGGGUGGAGACGUGAUCCGGGUUGGUCCCUUGGGAUCUGCAUAUGGGCACAGCACGGUGUCUGGGACGUCGAAUCCGGUUACGUGGUCGUGCCUGACUACUUCAAGGCACCUCCUUCUGACCUGGACCACGAAGUCGUCUUCCUCGAAGAUUAUUGGCGUCCACACUGGCAGGCAUUCGCCGGGCGGAUGCGGAAGUCUCAUCCCGAGGCGAUUCUCUUCGUUGCCCCUCCUGUAUUUGCGCCCCCACCACCGAUAUCUGAGCAGGACCUCAAAGGCCGCUGCUGCUUCUCGACGCAUUACUACGACGGCCUUACGCUCAUCAACCGACACUGGAAUUGGUUCAACGCCGACGCGUUGGGGCUACUGAGGGGCAAGUACAAGUCCCCCGUGCAGGCCGUCAAACUAGGCGAACGCGCGAUACGUCAGUCGCUGCAGGAGCAGCUCGGUGUCCUGAAAGACGAUUGCAAGAUCCUCGGGUCAUACCCCACGAUCAUCGGCGAGAUUGGUGUGCCGUUCGAUAUGGACAAGAAGCGUUCGUACGGCUGGACUGAUGACGGCAAGUAUCGUGGGGACUACACUAACCAACAGAAAGCCCUUGACGCGAGCUUGAACGCCGCUGAUGGGCCGAACGUCUUGAACUACACGAUUUGGACGUACUGCCCCGAUAAUUCGCACAUGUGGGGUGACGGCUGGAACCUCGAGGACCUGAGCGUGUGGAGCGUAGACGACCUAAGGGUGAAGGAGCAAUAUCAGAUGCAGACUGCCGAAUCUUCAUCCGCGCAGCUCUUGAGCAGCGUUCCACCCCCGGCAAUCGGCAGGGCACCCGUGUCGGACGAGUCGACGCUGACGCUGACGACGCUGGUCCCGAAGGACGAGAUGAAGCAGCGCAUAAUCAACACGCUCGAGCCCUGGGAGAACGCCUACGAUUUCCUAACGGACGGCGCACGCGCUGUGAAGGCGUUCUGCAGGCCAUACCCGCGCGCCGUCGUUGGUGUCCCCGCGGACAUCGAGUUCGACGUCAAGAAGGCUGCCUUCAAGCUCACCGUGCGCGUUCGCCCAGAGGACCUGCCGCGCCCCGAGGCGCUCGUUGCGCCGCGCUCGUCGGGUGAUUCCUCGACGCUCGCGUCCAAUGGUCCCGAGAAGGACGAGGCACUAGCCACCGAGAUCUAUGUGCCGCUCGUACACUACGCUAGCGACCGCGUCAUCGCCCGAUACAACGGCGAGCAGUCCGUCGACGACACCCCAGAAGGCGAUUCAUGUCCUUCCUCGCCCGUUGCCUCCGAUCCGGGAUCACGCACCCCUUCUAUAUCGGAUCUGUCAGCGUCAUGGAAGUCUGCGGCUGCGGACUCGGGCACCCCGCUCGCACUCGAAGUCGAGGUUUCUGACGGACGAUGGUCUGUCGAUGGUCAGCUCCUUAAGUGGUGGUAUCCUGUGCCAUCACCGUCGGAGGGCGAGCGGACGUGCACCAUCACCAUCACCCGCAUCGGCGGAGCGAUCAAACUCGCCGGGGAGUCAUCCGGGACUUGCAGUAUUUGGAAGCUACUUGCGAAUUGCUGCCCCUUCAUGUAAUACAAUCUAUGUGUAGUUCUGUGUUUCUCCUUCUCUCCGUGCAUCUUAUCGCUCACAGUAUUCAUGACUCUCACUCCGGACUUCUCGCAUCGCUUAUGUAUGAUCUGCAAUAGUACUUUGGUUUAGGACUUUUUAGUACGCAUUGAAAUUAUUCGGAAAUAGUUAUAUGAUAAUUAGAAUGGGCCUGUGGGAAGCGCAUACAGUGAAGGUGUCCAAAAUGUGCGAGACAGUGCGUCGUGGAGAGACAGAGAGCAAGAUCCGCUCUCGGCUUAAGGGGUUGAUAGUAUCAUAAGGGUACCGGUACAGCCUCAGCUAGCGGCGGCGACGACAGUCGCAGCUUCCUGGUCUCGCCUCUUCUUCUCGAAAUACAUCCAAGUAAUGACAAUGAGGUCGAGCAUGUGCAGUGCGGAGGCGUCGAUUUCCAGGGCCGGCUUUGUGCCAGUCAGGAGGCUCUUGUGUCGGAACUUGGCGAUAGUUGCGCCGUGCCCAUCGUCCGUCUCGAGAUGACAUGACUUCCAGCCCGUCUUCCACUUGUAGGACCUUCCGUCCGGCCCUACGAACGAGCGUGUUCCCCUAAGCAUGCUGUUCUUAUGGAGAAAGCUGUCAAAGUCCAACAUCUGACCGUUAUAUACGAGCUGGGAACUCCGCCAUGAGUGCCAGUGAACUCUGGCGAGCUCUUGCGAUCCUCCGGUAGGCCAGAGACCCCCAUGGCUGAGGGUAUAUUUGGACACCGUCGUCGUGCGACCCGUCAAUCUGCGCGGCGUCGAGAUUGAGUACAGCACACGGCCGUCAGAAGUGGAGAGGUCAGCGUUCGUGGGGCUGUUGUGCGAGAGAAGGAGCUCCAUAUCGUGCAGAAUGUCUGUGGGAGACUACUCACCAAUGACUUACCAAUAUUGCGCUUUAUGAAUGGCUCGCGGGCGCAUGCAGCUGAAGGUUCGUCCAGCCUCGCACCACGGCCAUCAGCGGCAUCGAGGACAAGCAUGACUCGCAGUCACU